AUGUCGCCUUCUACAUCAUCACACCACACUGGCGGUCUCUCUCCAAAGGUACUUUUAUCCUCUAAUACUAGCAACCCAGUUUCUUCCUCUCAUACAAAUUCGUCGUCAUCAUCUUCUCUCAUUCCGAAUACGACGAUGAUGAACACUAAUACAUCCUCUCCUGGUACUCCCCAAAAUACCAAAUCCUCUCCUUCUGCCGGUUCCUUUCCAACCAUAACACAAUCUCUUCCCAAUGCCAUACUAUCAAAUGUUCCGAAACAAGUGUGCCUUCUCAUUGAUACCACCUCCAUGAUGCAACAAUACUUUGGAGACUUCUUAAAAAUAAUUCAACCUUUUUUAGAAACUUUGGCUGGAACAAAUGUAUCAUCCUCUCAACAACAUCAAGGAAAGAAUGAAAAUGCAACACAAAAGAAUUUGAUCACACAAAAUGUAGAAUUUGGAGCAGUAUUAUUUCAGAAUCAUCCUCCGUUUGGAGAUUUUUUGGUGAGGGUCAUACCGUUCGUGAGAAAUGUUGGAUCAAUUUCUCAUUUACUUGAUGGCUUGGAAAAGAAAUUUAAAGGAGGAGGUGUACGAGAUACAUGUCUUGCUGAAGCAUUGGCUGCCGCUUCUACGGAUUUACAAUGGGAAAAAGAUUCUAUCAAAUAUUGCCUCAUUUGCUCGUCGACUCCUUCCGACCAUCCGUGCACCUUACCUGGACCAUUUGUUGGCAAACCUGCCUCAUUUAUUGUUCGAGAAAUGGUUAAAAAAAGUGGAGUAUUAUUCUCGAUCAUUACACCUUUUCGUAGCGCAAAAUGGAAAUCUAUUUUUGAAAGUAGUAAGAUACUUUCAGGCAAAGGAACCAUAGGAGUGACUGUGAAAAAGGAAAACCCUAACAGCAUGGAAACUGAAAAUUUGAGUCAUGACAAGUUGAAUAUUUCGAAUGGAUGCUUUGAAGGAACCAAUUUAUCUCAAGAAGUUUCGUCAAAAGAGUACAUUGUUCGAUUAAUUUUGGAAAAUGCUGCCAAAGUAACCAAUACCAAGACCUUAAAUUUACUCGGAUUUAAGGAUACAUUUAUUGAAUUGAGAGGAAUUGUUUUAAACCCACAAAAUUUUGCUUCUGCGACAAGUGCCACCGCCACCGCCACUGCAACUGCUGGACCUACGACUGCUUCUACUACUACCACGGCAGCCACCAGUGGUACUGGCAAUAAUAUACAACCACUGCUACCAUUCACAAUUGCCACGAAACAUUCACCGAGCCAGACCACAGCUUCUUCUCCAGGUAUGGCACCUCAAUCUGGAACUGUGACCUCCACAACCAAAUUGUCACCCUCUUCUGUUGCCACUACUACUUCUCCAAUUGUAGAUUCCACGAGUGCCAUCUCAAGCCCAAGCACUUCAUCUCCUAAUACAAUCACAACAACAACCACAACACCAGAAAACACUUCAACCAAUGCAGGCACUCAUCAACAAGGCGUUUUUGUUCACAAAAUUACCUUAAAUGUGGAAAAUUCACACCUAUUAGGAUCGUUUGAACUGUAUGCUAAAUCCAAUGAGUUUGAUACAUCCAAAUGGCCCAAAGAAUAUGAAAUGAAAAAGUCGGUCUACGUGAUAAAGCAGCCAGCCCUGUCAUUUAUCAUUAAGAAGCAAAUACCGUUGUGUUAUUGGAAGGUAGUGUCUGAAUCACCGAAAUUUCUUCAGAACAUGAAAUCCAUCAUUUCCAAGAAAUUUUGCCUUGUCAUCACCAUUGAUGAUAAGAAAUCCAUGAUUGUGUACCCAUAUCAGAUUUAUAAGGCCAUACGAAAACAACAACCUCUUUCCACAGAGACAUCGAAGGCCGAACCAAUUUUUGUGUCGUGUGUUUUGGACACGCCUGUAGUGGAGAAGCUUGUAGAACGAAUUUCCAUGCCCACAUCUUCCACAACUGCCAAUCCAGCAGCUACAUCUGUACCCAAUGCAACAAGUGUGACUGCAACGAACACAGCAGCAGGCACUGCCACUCUUGCAAAUCCUGCUACUCUUGCACCGACCAUUGUCAAGCCACCAACCACGACAAGCAGCACACCUGUUACUGGAAUUCCUCCAGGAAUGCCUAUUGGACUUUAUCCUUUCCCGUAUAUGAUACCAACAACAGGAAUGGUGAAUUAUGGUCAAUUUAUGUUGGGAAUGCCAAAUUUAACACCCAUGCCAACGGGAAACAUCAGCAACCCAACAACAGCCCCAACUACUAACACCGCUACCACUAAUAACAUCACUGGAAGCAAAAAGUGA